AGCGCAGCUAGAGUCUAGGUCCCCAUAUAUAGAACCCACCCCAGCGUGCCAGACAUACCGCCCCUCCGCCCCAGCUACACGCUACUGACGGGUCUUCACUCAAACAACAUCGGACAAAACGAAGUUGCCCACGUCAUCAACGUGCCAGGUAUUUUCCGGCAGCCAUGACGUCAGAGACGUGCCCGCACGCGGCGGCCAUCUGUGCGCAUGCGGAGGCCCGGACCUUCACGUCAGCGACGUACAACGACAGCCUGGUGGCCAACCUGAACAGACUCAGGUGUGACGGGACGCUCUGUGACGUCACAUUGGUCGCAGAGAAAAGAAAAUUCCCUGCCCAUCGAGCAGUCCUGGCGUCAUGCAGUGACUACUUCCGGGCCAUGUUUACUUCCGGUAUGAGGGAGACAUGCGCAGAAGAGAUCGAGCUCCACGCGGUUCCCGCCCUGGGCCUGAGCCACGUGCUGGAGUACAUGUACACCGCGUCCAUCACUCUCAGUCCCGACAACAUAGAGCAGGUCCUGGAGGCCGCAUCGCAGCUGCAGGUGUCCGUGAUAGACUAUUGCUGUGAGUACUUCAUAGAGAAGAUAGACAAGAGCAACUGUUUCGAAGUGCUGGAGAUCGCGCAGUUCUACAGCAUGGAGGAAGUUGAGAUGAAGGCGGGAAAGUUUAUUCUUGAAAAGAUGACGUACAGUGAGGAGUUUCCCUUGUUAGCACCGGAGACUUUAGCCAAGGCCGUCACCAAUGACGACUUAGACAUGACAGAAAUGCAGGUUUUUAACAAAGUCAUCCACUGGCUGAACAUGACGCCAAAUGGCACAGAGAAAGUGAAAGACAUUUUACAGCACGUGCGGUUUCCAAUGAUACCAGAGACAGACUUGUUUAAGAGGGUUCUAACGUCUGAAUGUAUGGAGGCUAUCCCGGGUUUAUCUGAUCUGCUACAAGACGCAUUCGCGUACCACUCCAAGCCGAUCCUGCAGCCCAGCAUGCAGACAGAACACACGAGACCCCGGCAAGCAGUGGAGACUGUCAUAGCCCUGGGAGGGCGGGUUAAGGUGGAGGGACCUCUAGAGAGAUGUAAUGACGUUCUCGGGCUGGACCCGUCCACCGGUACCUGGCACACCAUCGCGGACAUGCCCUGGCCGCAGUCCACGCACACGAUCACCUCAGUAGCCGUGAUGGAGAACUUCCUGUACGUGGUGGGAGGGCAGAACCAGUACGGUAGCGUGGGCAGGAGGAGCACCAACGCCGCUUUCCGGUACGACCCGCGCUUCGACGAGUGGCUCCGACUGGCCACCAUGAAGGAAGACCGCGCCUGCUUCUGCCUGCUGGCUCUAGGAGGACUCCUGUACGCCAUAGCAGGACAAAACAAGAACGGGAACCUCCGCACGGUGGAGAGAUACUCGCCUCUAACGGACGAGUGGGACUACGUGGCCCGCAUGCCGUUAGAACGCUCCCAUCACGCCGGUACCGUGAGUAACGGGCGGCUGUACGUCAGCGGCGGCAUGCACGAUAACGACGUACAGGGGACGAUGUACGACUUCGAGCCUAGCGAGAACUUCUGGCAGUUCAAACUGCCGAUGAAGAACGAGCGAUUCGGACACGGCAUGGCGUCGGUUGGCGGGAAGAUCUUCUCGGUGGGCGGCUGUACGUGUAACGACCAGGGGGACAUUAUAGACGUGACCAGCAUGGAGUGUUUCGACCCCGAGACGAACCAGUGGAACACCAUGGCGACCAUGCCACAGGGACAGAGCUAUGCAGCACUUUGUGUACAAGGUGACAGCAUCUACGUGGUUGGCGGCUGCAACAGGAACGAGAAGACGGUGACGUGUCACACCAACAGAUAUGACGUCACGAAGAACAGUUGGCACAAGAUGGCGGACUUCCCCCAUCAUUCCAUGGGGCUGGCGGGGUCGACCUUGACGGUGACGCGUAGAAUGCUAAAUAAACCCACAUACUGAGUAAAGCUUGAAAACAUCAAGAACAACAAAUGUGACACUAACAGUAUACUUAGUAUCUGAUAC